AUGGAUGAAAAGAUUGUCGCGCUGAACCCCAACAGAGACCACCCGCCUGAGGGUCCGCUUUCGGUGCUGGCCGCGUCGGUGAAAGAUAACUCACAGGUCUUGAUCAACUGCAGGAACAACCGCAAAGUUUUGGGCCGCGUGAAGGCGUUUGAUCGCCACUGCAACUUGGUGUUGACAGAUGUGAGAGAGAUGUGGACUGAGACUUCCAAGGGCGGCGGCAAGAAGAAGGUCCGCACUGUGAACAAAGAUCGCUUCAUCUCGAAGCUCUUCUUGCGCGGCGAUGCGGUCAUCCUCAUCCUCAGAAACCCAAAAUAA